AUGACUGAUCUUUACCAAAUGGUAAUACCAUGUAUUCAUUUUAUGUACUCAUCGUAUCACAGCAUUCAAAUCAACUUUUUCCAGUGUACCAAUUUUGAUUAUAACAAAAAACUUUUCGUAAGCGCAAUACAUCAAACUGUUUACCACUCAUUUACCUCUAAUGAACAAGACCGCCUAAUCAUUGCUGUACGUAAUCGAACGACGCAACUAAAAAUACCCAGAACUUGGACAAGAGCGCUUGCGGCCGGUGAAAUUGUGGCGAGUAAACAAAUCAAAACUUUCUACCGAUUGAAUAGUAUGAAUGAUAAUGAUAUGGAUGACAAUGACAUGAAUGAUAAUGAUAUGAAUGAUAAUACUAUGAAUGAUAAUGAUAUAAACGAUAACGACAUGAACAACAAUGAUAUGAAUGAUAAUGCUAUGAAUGAUAAUAAUAUGGAUGAUAAUGAUAUGAAUUGA